AUGGCAGACACCUGGGAAGGCUUCACAGCAGGCACUGCCUUCUCCAUCGACUCCCUGAUCGGGCCACCGCCGCCGCGCUCUGGCCACUUGCUCUACACCGGCUACCCCAUGUUCAUGCCCUACCGGCCCCUAGUGCUGCCGCAGGCGCUAGCCCCUGCGCCGCUGCCAGCCGGCCUCCCACCCCUUGCCCCGCUAGCUUCCUUUGCUGGCCGUCUUACCAACACCUUCUGCACUGGGCUGGGGCAGGCUGUGCCCUCGAUGGUGGCGCUGACCACCGCACUGCCCAGCUUUGCGGAGCCUCCGGAUGCCUUCUACGGGCCCCCUGAGCUCGCAGCCGCUGCUGCCGCCGCCGCCGCUGCCGCCACCACGGCUGCCCGAAACAACCCUGAGCCGGGCGGUCGACGCCCAGAGGGUAGACUGGAAGCCGAGGAGCUGCUUCCCGCCCGGGAGAAAGUGGCAGAGCCCCCACCACCCGCGCCUCCGCACUUCUCAGAGACUUUCCCAAGUCUGCCGGCCGAGGGGAAGGUGUACAGCUCAGAUGAGGAGAAGCUGGAGGCACCAGCAAGAGACCCAGCAGGCAGCGAACAGGAGGAAGAGGGCUCGGGCGGUGACAGUGAGGACGACGGUUUUCUGGACAGUUCUGCAGGGGGCCCAGGGGUUCUCCUGGCACCUAAACCGAAGCUAAAGGGAAGCCUGGGGACUGGAGCUGAGGAGGCAGCCCCAGUGGCAGCAGGAGUGACAGCUCCUGGGGGCAAAAGCCGGAGGCGCCGCACAGCAUUUACCAGUGAGCAGCUUUUGGAAUUGGAGAAGGAGUUUCAUUGCAAGAAAUACCUGAGCUUGACAGAGCGUUCCCAGAUCGCCCAUGCCCUCAAGCUCAGUGAGGUGCAGGUCAAGAUCUGGUUUCAGAAUCGGAGGGCCAAGUGGAAGCGCAUCAAAGCUGGCAAUGUCAGCAGCCGUUCUGGAGAGCCCGUAAGAAACCCCAAGAUUGUUGUGCCCAUACCUGUGCACGUCAACAGGUUUGCUGUGCGGAGCCAGCACCAACAAAUGGAACAGGGGGCCCGGCCCUGAAGGGGCUCUCGCGGACUUCAGAAGGCAAAGGACCCGUUCCUGAGCCUGCUCUGAGACUGGGUUAGGGUUCUGUGGACCAGAGGAGCUACCACUGUGAUUCUGCCCUGGCAGGGGGCUCAGCUGGCAAUUAGCUCCAGCUGUGCUCUCCUGGCAACCUGAGAUGUGGGCACUUGCCCUGAGCCUAUUCCAGAGACCCUCAGGACUGGGGCUUUAGGGCUAAAGGGGCUGGGGUUCUCAUUGCCCAGGAGCUAUUGGGACUGAGAUGAACUCCUGGGGAGGUGAUGGGUUCUAAAAUG